AUGGUGUCCUCCAAAGAACUGCCACCUGACACCACCCCGUUCUUCCCCAAUCACUUCAUCAAGAACCAGUUCCGUACUAAACAUCAAUUCCCACCCAAGACCACAAAUCUCUCCGGAGAAGUCGCCAUUGUGACAGGAUCCAAUACCGGCCUAGGUCUAGAAUGUGCCAACCAACUCCUUGCCUUCAAGCUCUCUCGGCUCAUCAUGGCCGUCCGAUCCACGACAAAGGGUGAAAGUGCAGCAGCCAAGCUGCGACAACAGUAUCCCAGUGCCAACAUUCUGGUUUGGCAUUUGGACAUGGCCUCGUACGACUCCAUUCGCGCCUUCGUUGCACGUGUUGACAAAGAGCUGUCCCGCCUCGAUAUUGCCAUCUUAAAUGCUGGCAUGGGCUUUGGCGCCUUCAAAAUCGUGCCUUCCACUGGUCACGAGGAGACCAUCCAGGUCAAUUACCUUUCGACAAUGCUCCUAGCCAUCCUCCUCCUCCCAGUCUUGAAAAGGAAAUCUCCAGCAGGCUCACCUGGACGCUUGACUAUAAGUACAGCCAUGCUUUCCAUCACCGCCAAGUUUGCCAACAAGAACGAAGUCCCGCUUCUGCCCUCGUUCGAUGACAAGAAGUACUUCGACCCUAUGGACGUCUACUCGACCUCAAAACUGCUUGGCCAGAUGUUCGUCUGGAGACUUACUGACGUGGUAUCUGCCAACGACGUGGUGGUGAACCUCGUUGAGCCUGGGUUCGUCAAAGGCACGGAUCUUCACAGAGACAGAUCUGUCGCCGCGAAAGUGUUCAUGGGCUUGUUCUCAGCUGCAGCUGCCCGGACUGUCAAAGUUGGCGCCUCGGCCUACCUAGAUGCCUCGAUAGUGAAGGGCAGGGAGUCACAUGGAUGUGUGCUAAUGAACUGGGAGAUCGCACCUUACGCUCCUUUCCAAUACACACCUAAGGGAAGGGAAGUCAUGGAAAGGCUUUGGCAAGAAACAUUGAAGGAAUACAGCUUCGUUGAUGUCAAUGGGAUCCUGAAGUCCUUGUAA